AUGGCGCUAUCAGAACCCAACCCCUUCUUGGCUCUCUCAGAGAAAGCCGCUGAACAGGCCAGCCCGAUGCGGGCCUUAUUGGAAGGCUCGGGCAUCCCGGAGUCUCUUUGGAAAGAUGUGGCUGUGUUUGCCCCAGAUGAGUUCGGGUCUCUUUCUGAUGCAGAAAUUCAGGAAUUCUUAGAUGGCCUCACGUACCCAGCUCAGCCAUCCGAUCUGUUGGUAAAGGCCAGGAUUCGCCUCUUGUGGCGGAAAUGCCAAAAGUCGGGGGCACCCUUGCAACCCGAUCCUCCCAAGCCCAAUCCCGUGGGGAGCACAGGUGCGCUUGCCGAUCAGGCUUCAUGGUCUGAGGCAUUCCCGAAGCGUCUCAGUGGCGAGGCAGUCCGCCAAAUGAUAAAGGCUUUCAGUGAGAAGUACCCUUCGGAACCAUUAAGAUCGCCGUUGGCGAUGGAUACCGUGGAAGCCCCACGGCUUGAAAAUCUGUUGUGGGAAGAGAUACCCAGCAGAGAGUUGCCCACACAGGGCAUGGCUAAGAGUGUUAUGGCAGAACUGCUUCAUUUGCAGGCAGUGGCGAUUGCGCUAGCAGACGGCGCCCACCUCUACACCCUGCGGGAGAUGAACCGUAAAUUUCUUGUCAAGUGUUUCGAUCACUUGCCUCGGGAUGGGGGGUUGCGAGUGCCAAACAGAUUGGAGGCCGAGAACGCAGAGAAACAGCUUUGGCAACAGAUCGCGGUCUUAUUCAAUGAAGAGAACUGGACGAUGGAUCAGGCAAUACGCGAGGUUGUCGUGGCUCGCAACGAGCUUCACGUUCUGCUCAUGCCGAGGGCCGUCGCACCAAAAAUUCCAUGGCAACCGUGGACGCCGCAUCGCAUCAAAGGCGAUGGCAAGCAGGGGAACCACGGCAAGGGCGGCAAAGGGGAUAAGGGCAAUAAGGGCGGUUCUAAGGAUGGCAAAGGUUCCCAGCGUCAUACCUUGAUGAUCAAUGGCCUGCGAGUGGGUAGUGCCCUGGCCACGUUUUCUGAAGUCCCACCGGGGCCCGCAGCAGUGGAUGCUCCGAGCCCUGUGUUGAAUGCCACAUGUGCCGCAGUGGCAGACCCGUCGUCGGCCGUUUCAGCUGCAUGUGACACAAUCUUGAACAUUUUGCAAUCUGUGGAUUGGCCGCCGUGCCAUACAGCAAGGGCUGUCUUGCAACCGCGUGACAACGAUGAUUUAGCAAGCAGUGAGGGCUCCAUGAAUUUGAAUGUCUCCGUUGGGGACUUUCAGGGGGGUGCAUUGUGGCUGGAGUCAGCAACAGGCACUUUGUGGCGCCAGCCACCAGGCAGCCAGCACUGGAUCAAGGGCGAAGAAGUUCAGACUUUUCGGAAUCCCAUUUCUUUUCCAGCUUGUGCCUGGCACGAAACGAUGCCGUUUGUGGGUAAUAGAUGGUCCAUCACUUGUUACACAUUGCCCCAUGUGCCGGAGGGAACGUUAGCCAAACUUGGCUUUCCGGAGGUAUCUCCGGCGCAAGUUCCUGAUGUGUCGCCGAUACAGGCGUCAGCUGCCACAUCAGCGGUGAGUUCCACCGCGCCAAUUUCAGCCCUGCCACCGGUGGUGGCCACACAGCAGCGCCCUCUUUUCUUCUUGGAUCUUUUCGCCGGUGCAGGUGCACCACUCUGUCAGGAGGCCGCACGUCGGGGUUGGGCGUGUAUUCCCAUAGAUAUUCUACAUAACAAGGAAUCAGACUUACGCGAUGAUCGCAUCUUCGAUGGCCUCUUGAAGCUUUCCCACUCAGGUGCAGUAGCGUUUGCAAACGCAUCCCCUCCUUGCUGCGAAUACAGCAUUGUGAAGCAGUUUGAUGGCGGCUUUCCAGCCUGCAGCUAUGGUUCGAGCUAUGCAAAUUACUGGGCCUUCGCCACGACUUGGCGACCUUUACAGCAAUUGCAAAGUACUUGCCAGCACGCUGCGGGUCAUCAUGCUGCGUUUCACGGCAAACGUGACGCCACAGGCCAGUUCGUGUCUCGGCAUACGGCGGUGUUCCCUCCCAUGCUGUGCAAUGCGUUCAUGGAGGCCAUUAGCCCUUUGUUCCCAGAGAACUCACAUGCUACCGACUUCACGUCAUUGAAUCAGGCACUUUCUGCAUUGCCGGUUCGCCCCUUGAACGAUUUCCCGACUGGCCAGCAGGAUGGCGGCGGCAUUUACAGCCAGCCCGACUGGACUUCUCCUCCGGCGGGGUCAAAGGAUAACUUCCGCCAGUUGCGUCAAGAUAUGUGGGGGUUUUUCAAAGAGCAUAAACUUUUUGAUCGCCUUCGCAAACAUGUCAGCGAGUCAUCGCAAGAGCCUCUCAUUCAGCAGCAUGAGCUCCCUGCAUUGCGAUCGAUUUGGGAAGAUUGGUUUAGAGCUCAGGGCUUCACGGAUUCAGUUUCAUGGGAGGUCGCGCCCGACCAGCCUUACUGUCUUCAGGCGCUUGAGCUUCUGAGCAAGGCUCUUGACGACCGUGAUGUGGAGCUUUGGAAGGACUUGCAGGCUGGGGUGCCAACGGGCGUUGAUGGUGACAUUUCUAUGAGCAAUUGUGCCUGGCAACAGUUAGCAGACACCUUGACUGAUGACUUGCAUUUCCGCAAAUCGCCACCAGGGUCGACCAUCCCCCCGGGCAGCAAGUUGUUGAGUGCUCGACAUGUGGAAAUCAAGUGCAAAGCGGACUUGCGCUUGGUGCGGGCCACAGGCAAGCGUGUCUGGAUUCGUGUGGCGGAUGCAUCAUCUAGCAAGCGUCGAAUCAGCACGGUGAGCAGACAGUUCAUCAUGUUCUGGGUGCACUUUUGCAUGCGGCCUCAGAUGCCCCGCUGCUUGUCUUUGCCGCCUUUGGACUUUCAGUAUUCAUUAGCUGCUGACGCUUGUGCUAAGGGCAACGACAUUGGGAUUGGCGGAUGGGUUGAAUUGCCAAAUCAGCCCAUUGUUUGGUUUUCCGAAUGGUUUACGGUCCAAGAUUUCCGUUCGCUGGGGUUGCCCAUGAAAGAUGAUGCUAAUUUGGACAUUACAGCGUAUGAGACGCUGGCACAACUGGCUCUCUUGAUCGCUUUCAUUUCCAUCACUCCUACUGGGCGACUUCGGGUAUGCAUCCCAUCUUGGUCGGAUAAUUCGGGGACCGAGUCCUUGACGAACAAGCUUUUCACAGUACAUACACCGCUGUGUUUCUUUGCUCAGAAACUGGCUACGCGGAGUUGGCAGUCUGGAAUCUCUCUCGAUUGUACCCAUAUCGCGGGAUGUCACAAUGAUAAAGCUGAUUUCUUGAGCAGGUGGAAAGGCGACUUGCAGGAACUUCCUUCCCGGUUCACCUUGGAUCACAGGGUUCGUUGCCCACUCACAGUCUUGUGGGAGGGCGAGCGAGAUGUUCGCGUUUUCCCGCCACAGGCUAACUUGCUUUGGCAGCCGCCUGUAUCUUCCUUCAAUGCACACAGCGUGUAA